AUGGCAGGGUCGGGGGGACUACUGCUGGAGUUUAGUGAGGAUAGCAUGGAAGAGGGUGAAAUGUGUGGUAACAGAAAGAGAGGGCUAAGUCAUGGCAGUGAGUCAGAGGACAUGAGUGAGCGAGUGGUGAAGCGGAAAGUGGACCAGGAAGGAUUUAAAGUGUUGAUUAAGUUUAAGGAGGGUCAUGAUAUUAAAACGCGCGGUUUCCUGGAGAGGAGUGGACCCACGACUACCGUGGCGGUGACUCGUUGCGAACCGGCGGACUGUCGGCGGGAAGGAGGAAAGGGCAAAAACACCGGAGAGAGCACCGGCGUCCCCCACCACCAGCGCGGGCGAUGGAAGACUCGGCGCGCAAACUGUCCUGCAGCGGAGUGGCCCGCGGAGGAGCUCGGCACCGCGUUUGGAGAAGGCUACGCGUGGUGA